CUCUCUCUCUCUCUCUCUCUCUCUCUCUCUCUCUCUCUCUCUCUCUCAGUUUUUAAGAUCAUCACUGACAAUCUUCUUUUAGUUUCCGGGGGAUAAAGAUGUAACAGAGAAUCAGUACUCAUUAGUUUGUCCAAUCCAUCAUCUCCAAGUCUUUUUCUUUGCAUGGAAUUCUUGACCAUAAUUAGAAACUUUAUUCUGCUCAAUCCCCUUUUCUGUGGACUGCUCCAAAAAUCCCUGCUUUGAUUGUUUCCCUUCUGUCCUCUGGGUUUUUUGAUAGACCCCCAUCUCUCAAAUCUCUCUUACAGUGAACCAAUCAGUUCUAAAAGAGACCCAUCAAGUCUCUUGCUAGCUUUAAAUGGACUACAAGGAGACCUAAGCCCCUCUAUAGCACUUCACAACAAAACCCAUCUUAGUUCCAUGCAUUAAAAACUUGCCCGUCUCAAGCAAACAUACAACUCCUUGCUUUUAAUGGACUUGAUGGCCUCCAAGAUCUCAUCUUUUGACCCAUAGAAAGCUCACUAGCUCAUUCUCAACCUCAUUCUCUCCGUUUUGAUUAUGGCUGAUGGGGAUCUUGAGGAAGAGGAGGUUUGGUCUUGUGUAAAGGAGAGGAAAGCAGAAGACCAAUUUUUUUUCUCUUCUUCUUCUUCAUCGUCAUCCUCUUCUAGUUCUAAGAGGCUUUCAUCUGCUUCAAAGCUGAUCCCAAAAGCCAACGCCAAUGCAGAAGAAAAUGGCAGUAGAAAACAGAGGCAGUCUGCUCCUGUUAAUAUCCCUGACUGGUCCAAUAUUUACAGGUCCAAUUCAAAUGUUGAAGAGCAUGGCAAUGAUGGUGAUGGUGAUGAUGAAUUUGAUGAUGAUGAUGAUGGUUAUCAACUCCCUCCACAUGAAUGGAUUGCUAAGAAGCUAGCAAGGAGCCAGAUUUCUUCAUUCUCAGUGUGUGAAGGAGCAGGGAGGACCCUCAAGGGGAGAGACCAGAGAAAGGUGAGAAAUGCUGUUCUCACAAAAACAGGGUUCUUAGAGUAAGUAGAGAUUGUCUCAGGGGUUUAUGUGAAAGAAACCGUUUACGAUGUUAUGUAGCUUAUCAAGUCAGUGCUGCUGCUGGAAAUUUUGUUUGUUUCGUCUGUAAUUUCUUCAUCCUUCCAGCACUGAGAUUUUGGUGGUUAGAUGAUUAGGAGAUUAUGAGUAUGGGCUUAUGGUGGUGCUGAGAAUUAUGUUAUGUAUGUUGAGAAAAAGGUGAGGGAUCAUUUUGUUUGUGAAAUAAACUUGAGUUCCUUGUUUUAUA